AUGUUCUUGGAACCGACUUUUGAGCCAUGGGUAGGCCCCGAUGGGGUCCCCAUCAGAGAGAAACCAAGACUAAUUGUUCUUAUAAGGCACGGAGAGAGUGAGUCCAACAUAAAUAAGAGCAUAAACGAGUAUAUCCCGAACCAAUCGGUCUCUCUGACAAAGAGAGGUUGGACGCAGGCACACAAUGCUGGUGUGCAACUUCUUAAAGUUUUGAACUUGGAAAACCCAGGAAUUGUUCAAGAAUUGGCAGAGAUGUACGGAACUGAGGAACCGGGUAUCUGCCAGGGUCUACCUCUGGAAGGGUACGAGCGGUUGGACAAUCACAAAGACACCAACGUCAUUUUCUACACGUCACCUUACAGGAGAACAAGAGAGACGCUGAGAGGUGUCCUCGACGUCAUUGACGGGUACAAUUUGAGGAACAGCAACGUUAAAAACUGCGAAGGUGGGGCUUAUAACCCGACAGGAUGCCAGAAGUUUGCUACUUGGCCAGAGGGGGAACAAACUAGCGGUGAGUACAAGAACGACACUAUCACGCAUAACUGGACAUCCAAGGACCCGACCAAGUCCUUCGUCCACUACCGGGUCAAAGAUGAGCCCCGUAUCAGGGAGCAAGAUUUUGGCAACUACCAGGACAUCAGCAGCAUGCAGGACGUCCUGAAGAAGAGAUCCGCAUAUGGACACUUCUUCUUCAGGUUCCCUCAGGGCGAAUCUGCAGCGGAUGUCUACGAUCGUGUGGCCAGUUUCCAAGAGACGCUCUUUAGGCACUUCGAGCAAAAAAAGACGAACAAGCUCAGGGACAUCAUGGUUCUUGUCACCCACGGGAUAUACGCCCGUGUGUUCCUCAUGAAAUGGUUCAGAUGGACCUACGAAGAGUUCGAAUCCUUCACCAACGUCCCCAACGGCUGCGUCAUCGUCAUGGAACUCGACGAGACCACUGGGAAGUACAUGCUCCGCACCCGGUUGCCGAAAUGGGACAAGUGA